AUGGCGGCUGUCAACCAGAACAUGUUUGAUGCUAGCAUCGCGAUGGACCGGCCGGGCGGUUCGUCGUUGAUGGUGCUGCCACUAAACCUGAUCGCCGAGAUCGUCUUGAAUGUCGAGGAUACCGGCGACCUCGCGCGACUAUGUCGAACAUGCCGUGUUCUCAAUUACAUGGCCCUUCCGCAGCUUUACCGAAGCCUGACGCUGACCUCCUACGAUCGAAUACGCUACCGCGGCGAACAACCAGAGGGUAUCGGCAGUGGCAGCCCGUUCACGAUGGGUCUCAAUGCGGUGAUCACUCGACCCUAUGCGACACUGGUGCGAUCAAUGACCCUGCGCGGGGACUGGAAGGAACACGAGCUGGAAGAACACGCCCGCGUGGGCCGGGUACCGGACUCGUCGAUGAUGCUGAACAUUGCCGUGCGAGCGGCGGUGGACCGGAUGACCAGCUUGGAGAGCUUUAGCUGGGAGCUCAACACUAAGAUGCUCGAUACGGUCUACGCGGGGCUCACCCAGCUGCCACGGCUGACCUCGCUGACCGUGCGAUUCCCGUCCAGUCGACACCCGCAGCCUACGUUCGUGCUGCCGCCCAUGCCGCACCUGCGAUGCUUGAAAAUCACCGACAUCGAUCCGCUCUGCUAUCCCGAUGACAUUGCCACCCUUCUUUGGAAGAGCAAAAAACUCCGCGAUCUGAGAUUGCAUUGGUCGCCGCGCAUGCGCAUUGCACAGGAGCCAAGUGUCUCGCUACACGAUUAUUUCCGAAAAUCUAUCGCCGCCAAACAACCCCUUGCGGUUAAGAAGAUGUCGUUCUCGAAUUUGUACGCUUUUCACACGGAGGAAUUUAAUAUCGCGUUUGAUCCGACCACCGUCGAAGACGUUACCUUUCUCAGUGGCGCGGAAAGCUCCAACCUAGUCAACACUUUUGUGGACAGCAGCUGGCCGACCGUCGUGCCACACCAAAAACUGAAGAUCAGAAGCAUUCGCAUGGACGCGGUCUCGAAACGAAAUUCGGAGUUCCUUGGGAACUUCUCCGGUCUGGAAAAGUUAUACUUCGUAAACAUGACCUCGGAUUUCAGCGAUUAUCUCAAUUCCCCUCGGCCCGGGAUGGGCCCAGCCUCAUCUGCCCUCACGCCACCGGUAUCAGAGAAUCCCGGGGCGGCCAAUGGGACGGCAGACAACUCCCCAACUGCCAUGGCUUCCCCCGCAAGCCAGACGAACUUGCAGCUGAAUAUUCGGGAUAGUUACAUUGCCAACAUCACAACAAACCAUGGUGCGUCAUUGCGCCAUCUCCUUCUCUCUUCUCGGUGGCCGCUUUCCACGACAAUGAUCGCCCGUCUAGUCCACAGCUGCCCGAAUUUAGAACAACUAGCGCUUGCCACAGAGUUUUCUAGUAUGGAGUCUUUGGGCUUACUAGUCCCCUUUCUCCGCAAAUUGGUCGCGUUGCGACUCUUGAUUCCAGCGGGCUCUGCGGCACCUCAGUCUGGCGCGUCAAAUACCACGAUGCCCCGAACAGGCAAGACUAUGCAUGUCCAAGAAAACUUUCCGGGUCGUUUCAGCAAGGCGGCAUUGGAUUUAAUGAACAAUGCCAAGAGCAUGGCAGAUGUUGUUGAUAUUGACGAUCGGAUACUUAUGGAGAUGAUGAGUUACGACAUGGCAAAUGAGCAGAUCUUCGGGAAGUUAAAGAUCGUUGGUCUCGGCUGGAAAGCCUUUGAACUGCGAGAAUUCUACAAGGCACCCCUGUCCCCUCCGGAGAACGAACCUGACCCCAACGCUGCUGGUGAUCAGUCGGCAGAGGCAACAAAUGGAAACCCCAACCCCACGAAUGAUCCCAGCAGCGCUGGCCCUGAACAACAACGUACUGCUCCUCAACCCGAAAAUACCACCCCCGGAAAUACCAACACGAAUCCCAUCGCGACGAAAUCCCCUGCUGUUGUUCCUUCUUCCCAAACCACUCCAAACCCCAAUCAUCCCCCAUCAACAUUGGGAAAACGCUCCCGAGACGACGAUGAAAGCAAUGAAAGCAAUGAAAGCAGCGCGACCCAGCCAUCUAACUCUGAAGCGGAUGAACCGCGCGAACCACGCUUCCAAGUCUAUGGCUGUCUCUCCCACGUCAUCAUGCAGGACGAAUACGUUCUCCGUCGCCGUCUGCGUCGGGUCGGAUGGGAUGUCUUGAAGCAUUGGGAGAUCUGGGGGUUGGACUCGCAGGAGAUUUGA